GGCUGGACUGCUGAAAACUAAAGUGUGGGCUCUACGAUCAGGUUUCAUUAUUUUCCAGUCGUCUGGCUGCGUCUGGAGUGGCAGGAAAUGGACCCAUCUAAGGAGGUAGCUGCCUCUGAGAAGGAAAGGACACCAGCAGGGGAGGAGAGUGAAGAGCUGUCCAGCGAACUCCCCAGCACCUCUUCUGGAAUGUUGACCCUGUCUAGAGAGAAGCGUUGUGAUCUAUUGACUGAGAUCUCUAGGCUGGAGGAGGAGCUGGAGGAGCUGAAGGUAGAGGUCAACAGGGAUGAGCAGUCUACCAGCACCUCUUCUGGAUGGUUGACCCCAUCUGGAGAGAAGCAUUGUUUUCUGGAGAAUGAGAUCUCUAAGCUGAAGGAGAGGCUGGAGGUGCUGAAGAAAACAUUGGAUGUUCCAGCUCUGCUGCUGACCACUCUGGAGGAGAUGAACCCACACGAGCUGAAGACAUUUCAGUGGUAUCUGUAUAGGCCCUGGCUGCCUGGCUGUCCUCUCAUCCCAGAGAGUCAGCUGGAGAACACUGACAGACAGGACACAGUGGAUCAGAUGGUGAAGAGAUACGGCCCUGAGAGAGCUGUGGGGAACAUGGGGAGGAUCCUGAGGGGGAUGAAUCGGGAUGAUCUGGCAGAGAGGUUACAGAGAGAUCACACUAGAGGCACUGCCUCACCCUCUCACUUGUCCUUAUUCCAACUCAGGCCCAAAUCCUUCUGUUACUCUUCAUGGCCUCCUUUCACUCCAGCUCCUCCUCCUCCUUCCUUCCCUGGCUCAUCUAAGGAGUUGUGGUCGUUAACUUCAGCUGGUAGCUCAGGACAGCUCAGCUCACAGAGAUCCUCCACGUUGGAUGUUCCAGCUCUGCUGCUGACCACUCUGGAGGAGCUCACUGAAGAACAGCUGAAGAUAUUUCAGUCUAACCUGACUAGUGGCAGGAUGUUAGACUUUCCUCCCAUCCCAGAGAGCCAGCUGGAGAACACUGACAGACAGGUCACAGUGGAUCAGAUGGUGGAGAGAUACGACCCUGAGAGAGCUGUGAAGAUCACACUUGUGAACCUGAGGUGGAUGAAUCUGGAUGAUCUGGCAGAGAAGUUAGAGCGAUAUCACACUAGAGCUGUAUCUACAACAGAAACAAAAUGGUGGAGCAACUCAUCAGACACUGGCAAUGAUGAAGAGAGAGAGAAGAAACAUGUCCAUCUGUCUGGACGUUCUAGAGCCUUGGACAGAGAGGCAGCAGGCAGCAAAGACACUGGAAUCACAAAGGACAAAUAUGAGCUGGUCACGAAACCUGCAGAUAAGAAAAGAGAAGCUCUGCUGCUGGCCACUCUGGAGGAGCUGAGCACAGACGAGCUGAAGAUAUUUCAGCAGGAACUGACUCUAAGCAAACAGCUUCCACCUUACCUGACUGGCUUUCCUCCCAUCCCAAAAACUCAGCUGAAGAACAAUGACAGACGGGUCAUAGUGGAUCAGAUGCUGAAGAGGUACGGCCCUGAGGGAGUUGUGGAGAUCACACUGAGGAUCCUGAGGAGGAUGAACCGGGAAGAUCUGGCAGAGAAGUUCGAGAGAUAUCACAGACGAGAUUCCAGCCCUGUCUUCUACCAAGCCCUCUAUCCACCCAGUGUUGUCAUGGAGAAGCCUUCCAGGUUCCUUCCCUCCUCAGUACAACACAGCUUACAGAGACCCCAAAUAUUGACUGUUCCAGCUCUGCUGCUGACCAGUCUGGAGGAACUCACUGAAGAACAGCUGAAGAAAUUUCAGUCUCACCUGACUAGUGGCAGGAUGUUAGACUUUCCUCCCAUCCCAGAGAGCCAGCUGGAGAACACUGACAGACAGGACACAGUGGAUCAGAUGGUGAAGAGAUACGACCAUGAGGGAGCUGUGAGGAUCACACUGAGGAUCCUGAGGGGGAUGAAUCUGGAUGAUCUGGCAGAGAAGUUAGAGAUAUAUCACAGUAGAGGAAAGAAAAGGAGAACAAGUGAGGAACCAUCCUGGCCUGGUCUAGUUUCCAGGCGCGAAAAGAUUGAGGAGCAUUGUGUCCCAUUGACUGGCAGAGCCCCGUUGUUCAUCAAACAUAAGAAAAUCCCAAAGCUAGAGAUGGACAUUUCAACCAUCCUAGGGAGCCAACUGAAGAUGGCUAACAGUCUCAACACAGAGGUAUAUGUGAACACCCAGGAUAACACCCAGGAUAACACCCAGGAGAACACCCAGGAGAACACCCAGGAGAACACCCAGGAGAACACCCAGGAGAACACCCAGGAGAAUACCCAGGAGAAUACCCAGGAGAACACCCAGGAGAACACCCAGGAGAAUACCCAGGAGAAUACCCAGGAGAAUACCCAGGAGAACACCCAGAGGAUUGAUGAUGAGGAGUUGGGAAGAGAAAGGGAUUCUCCUCUUUUCCUGGAUCACCAUCACAUGAGUUCUCCAGAUGAAUUUACACCUGAAAUCCAUGAUCAGGACAACAGGGGAGAGUACCGGUUCCAGUGCCCCAGUGCAGGUCUGUUCCAGUGCAGUAUAACAGGCCUGGUGUUCAGGAUGGAGGGAGAAGGAGAGGUGCUCUAUAGGACAGUCCCCUGGGACAGGAGGCUUCUAUCCCAGAGAGGCAAGAGACCUGCAGGACCUCUGUUCAUGUUUAGAUGCCUUAAGGGGUCUGUCAGUCAACUACACCUCCCACAGUGUGAGAUCUACAAUAGUGGUGGAUGUGACUUCCUGUCUGUAGCCCAUGUGACUGAUGAUGACAUCAUUGAGUUUAUCCCUCCUCUUGAGACAACAGACACACAUGUCAUAAUAAACAUCAGUGGAUUCUCUGCUUAUGGUGAAGUCAAGGAUGAAGACUCUCCCAUCGUUCCUAUAAGAGCACUUGUCUUGUUGUUCUACAAGCCCCCAGAUGUUCCUAAAAAGAGGUCCAUCCUGAAUGUGUUGUUGCUUCCCAGAAAUGUUGUCAUCAGGGAGGUGCAGGAGGAGUGGAGAAGAAGGAAUGGAGACAAAUACAUCUAUAUUGAAACAAAUUCUCACUGCCAACUAACUCCAAAUAAAGAAUACGAGCUCUUCACAGAUCUUACAGAUGAAUAUCUAAUUCAACCAAAGGAUGCAGAAUUUGUGGAUUUUGAAUUCUAUGAAAACUACAUCCCAACAUUUCAGUUGUUCAUACAAACUGUUGUUGAGCAAGUUCAUCUUCUUCUGAAAGACAAUGGUGGUGAAGAAUCUGUCUGGGAAAGACUUGUCUGGCUUCCAGAAUCACCAACAGAUGUCCCCUCUACAGUUUCAGCUGUUUCCCCUGCAGACCCUCCUGCCAACCCCUCUGCCCCCCCUGGUAGAGCCUUCAUCAGAAGACACAGGAUGGCUCUAGAGACUCGCCUGGGACUCUUACAGCCCAUAUUCCUGCGUCUCCAGGAUCAUGGAGUUCUGAUUCACGAGGAGAGGGAGGAGGUGGACAGCAAAUCCACCAAGACCCUACAGAACCAAGCCCUGCUGGACAUGGUGGUAAGGAAGGGGUCUCGCGCCCAGGAACACUUCUACCAGGUCCUGAAGGAAGUAGAUCCCUGCCUGGUCGAAGACCUGGAAGAGCAGACAGUCUGAGAGGUAACCAUGGAUACAACAGCAUCAGGAUAUAUUAUAUCACUAUACUAAUACAUGCUCUGAAAGAGACAGACAGUCUGAGACAGGUAGCCAUGGAUACAACCUCACAACCUCAGAAGAUAUCAAAACAUUUAUCAGAGACAGAGAGCAGCACUUUGAGGAGGAGCCAUCCUGAUCAGAGGUGGUUGGUGUGUAACGUGAUUGGACACCAUUCUCACCAGCACUCCCAUCAGCCUGUAGUUUACUAUACAAGCCCCAGGUCUCAGGCAAGAUGACAUCACUGUGAGGCUACUGUCUACCAGACAACCUACCUGUGUUACUCUGGUACACUGGCUAUAAACAACAAGAUUUUUGAAUUUCUAUCUGGAACAUGGUGAAUGUUGAAUCAUCUUGGACAGGUCUCGGACAACAACAUGUGAGACUUAACAUCUACCAGACAACUGACUCGUACUGGACAGCUGUACUGGCUGAACACAAGAUAUAUCUCUGUUUAGAAAUAGUGUAUACAGUGGGGCAAAAAAGUAUUUAGUCAGCCACCAAUUGUGCAAGUUCUCCCACUUAAAAAGAUGAGAGAGGCCUUCAUCAUAGGUACACUUCAAC